UCCAAAGCGGACUUACACGAGAGAGACCCGUUGUUUUAUCGUCAACGUCACCGCCGUUGUUGUUGUCGUUGCCGUCGAGUCGUACCAGACGAACAGGAUCGAGGCCACGGAAGAAGGAGAGCAGAGUCGCCGGAGGCUAAAGUCCGAGAAGCUGCAGUGUCGAAGCAGUUGCGAGUUAGCGAGAGUCGCGCUCUUUGCAAGGAGAAGAGAGAAAGAGCGAGAGACGAGAAAAAGGCCAUCGAGGUUGAUCGGUGGUCCGUGAUAGCUAGUCGAAAAUCGCAUCGUUGUUCAUCCCGGUGAUCCAUCGAGUUCGCUCGACUUAGACGGCAGUGAAAAGCUCAGGCUUUGCGACAUCGAAAGCGAUCCAUCUAUUUUCUUUGGGCUUGAAGAGUUUUCGCGAAGAAGAACAACACGGCGGAUAUGAUGGCUGUCGCAGCGGCGCAGAAGAACCGCGAAAUGUUCGCUAUCAAGAAAUCUUACAGCAUCGAGAAUGGAUAUCCGGCGAGACGACGAUCUCUCGUGGAUGAUGCUCGCUUUGAAACGCUGGUCGUGAAGCAAACGAAACAGAGCGUUUUGGAGGAAGCGCGCCAAAGAGCGAAUGGCGAUGAGACUACCUGCACGAAAGAUGUGGAACGCGAUGCCUCGUCGAGCGACGACGAGCAGGUGGAAUCGUUGGCUUGCGCUGCCAAGAACGGAGAAGCUAAGGCGGAAGUUUCGUCGGACAGCGACAUUGGCAAACCCGAUGAGGAUUGCGACGAUGACGCUGGAUUGACCGAAGAGGAAGUGGUCCUCGCGAAGACCAUAGCCGAGUGUCCCGAGAGCGAGCACACCGUGCAAAAAGCCGCUCUCGUUCUCCGUCUGAAGGAAGGGAUCGGUUCCUUGGCAAGAAUCCUGAAAGCGAUCGAGAACUUCAAGGGAACGGUGACCCACGUCGAGUCCAGACCGUCGAAGAAGGAGGGUCUGCAGUUCGACGUGCUGGUGAAGGUCAACAUGACCAGACAAUGCUUGCUCCAGCUGAUCAGGAACCUUCGUCAGAGUUCCGCGUUGGACGGCGUCACUCUACUCGCGGAUAACUCUGUCAGCAUCAAAGAUCCUUGGUUCCCGAGACACGCGUCCGACUUGGACAACUGCAACCACCUGAUGACCAAGUACGAGCCUGAUCUCGACAUGAACCACCCUGGAUUCGCGGACAAGGAGUACCGAGCUCGCAGGAAGGUGAUCGCUGAAAUCGCCUUCGCGUACAAGUACGGCGAUCCCAUGCCCAAUAUUCCGUACACCGACACCGAGAACGAGACCUGGACCCGUGUGUUCAACACGGUCGUGGAUCUGAUCCCGAAACACGCUUGCAUGGAGUAUCAGAGAGUGUUCAAGAAGCUGCAAGAGGAGAAGAUCUUCGAAUCUCAUCGCAUACCUCAGCUGCAGGAGGUCAGCGAAUUUUUGCAGAAGAACACCGGAUUUACUCUGAGACCCGCGGCUGGAUUGCUCACGGCUAGGGACUUUCUUUCGAGUCUUGCCUUCAGAGUGUUCCAAAGCACCCAAUACAUCCGCCACAUCAACAGCCCGUAUCACACCCCGGAACCAGACGCGAUCCACGAGCUCUUGGGACACAUGCCACUGCUGGCCGAUCCGAGCUUCGCUCAAUUCUCUCAGGAAAUCGGUCUCGCCUCGCUCGGUGCUUCCGACGAGGAAAUCGAGAAAUUAUCUACCAUUUACUGGUUCACCGUCGAAUUCGGCCUCUGCAAGGAAGGGCCCGAGGUGAAAGCCUAUGGUGCCGGCCUUCUGUCCGCGUAUGGGGAGCUUCUUCACUCGUUGAGCGACAAGUGCGAGCACAGACCAUUCGAGCCAACGACCACUGCCCUUCAGAAGUAUCAAGAUCAAGACUAUCAGCCGAUUUACUUUGUUGCGGAGAGCUUCGAGGACGCCAAAGAGAAAUUCCGUCGUUGGGUGGCCACCAUGAGCAGACCCUUCGAGGUUAGAUACAAUCCGCACACGCAACGCGUGGAAGUGCUCGACAGCGUAGACAGGUUGGAGAACUUGAUGUCUCAGCUGAACACGGAAAUGACGCACCUCACGGUCGCCAUCAACAAACUGAAGAGGUCCUUCGCGUAAAGACGAAAGGAUGCAUUCCCGUGUGACACGAUACGAUUACUCCUUUCGCGAAUCACCGAGCUUCUCCGAGUUUCUCGAUCUUCCACGUCUGCUUUACACGCGCGCUCGCGAGGAAUCGCGACGUUUCCCGUCUCCUUUGAAGUUUGCUCAUUGUUAGGUUGAGAAUUUUAAUCUUCUCGUCGUCCAGGGUCAUUUUAAGCGGAGUAAAGUGUAUAUAUAUAUAAGUAUUACGAUAUUUCUCUAUUUCUAGUUUCUUUUUCUUUUUUUUUUUUUCUUCUUUCUUUUCUCCAUUUGGAUAGACGUCGAGAUCUCGUUGGCCCGGUGAUCAAUGUCGCGUCAUCUCUAUCACCGUUCGCCGUUUGCAUCGAAUCGUACUCACUCUGCGUAUGAAGUCGUCGAUCCGCGUAGUUGAACGAACAUGCGCGCAUACGAGUUACGAGUUCGAAGCGUUGAUUCGGUGUUUAUGCGCGCGUGGAUCGAAUUGAUCGCUCGUAUUUACGCGAUACGAGCCGGCGAUAAGUUUAAUCGUGUACCUAGUGUUAUUUAUUGAAUUCGCGUUCUCGCUUGUCCACGUGCGCGUUAUUCUUGCAAAAAAGUAUUAUUGGUGGAUCUCUGUGUUUGAUAAAACGCCCCGAAUCAUGACGCGCUUCGAACGAUCCAUGCGUACGUAUUUCGUUAUCUCGUCCCGUUAUACGUAUCGUAUUGUAUUUUAAUCUGUCGGAUUACAUGUUAUCAUUAUUAAUAUUAUUAUAUCAGUCGUAGAGUAUCGCGUAGUCGCGUUUGAAUUUGCUUCGGCCAUCGCGAUAGAACGUAAUCAACGUGUCGUCUUCGCUUCGAUCAGAUCUAUCACGAGACGGCUAUUAUAUAGUAUUAUAAAGCAAAGUAGGUUCUUUAUUUUAGGUAGUUAUUAACGAACACGUAUACUUCUUGGGAAACAUGCGUGUCCUCCGAUGAUCGAAGGUGCGACGAUUGUUCGUCGACGAUCCCAAAGUCGAUCGUACCGUUUUAACAGUCUUCCUUCAUUUUUGUAUCCAGACUGGCUUUCAGGAACAGAGAGAGAGAGAGAGAGAGAGAGAGAAAGAGAGAAAGAACGGAAGAAAUCGCAUCGUUUCUCGAGAAAGAUAGUUAACUAUUCACGAGCACAACUUCGAUAACGAAGUCACGGAUCAGUGUUGCAU